CUUGUUAAUAUUAAUAAAGUUUAUGUUGAAUCCAUAGCUGGUGUGAGUACUUUCUCGGAGUAUGUGGUGGUCAAGGAGAUACAGUUGGCUAAACUCAACCCAAAGGCUGAUCUGAAGAAUGUUGGCGUAAUUGGUUGUGCUGUGGGUACUGGUUAUGGCAGUGCUGUGAACAUAGCCAGAGUACAUCCCGGCUCCAAAUGUGCCGUUUGGGGUAUGGGUGCCAUUGGGUUGUCCGCUAUAUUAGGCUGUAAACAGGCCGGCGCUGAGACCAUAAUAGGAGUCGAUAUAAACUCCGAUAAAGAGAGUAUUGCCAAACAGUUUGGUUGUACCCGGUUUAUUAAUCCUAAAAAUAUUGAUGAAUCACUCGAAACGCUAUUACAAAAUGAGGGCGGAAUUGAUUAUGCGUUUGACUGUAUCGGUAACCAACACGUACUCAACACUGCAUAUAAUUCAUUGAAACCCUGGGGAUCCCUAACUGUUAUCGGCUUGGGAUCAAAAGGUAGUAAAAUAGAUGUAAAAGUAGCGGAACUGGUGAAGGGUCGGUAUGUGUUGGGAGGCUUUUUCGGUAAUUAUAAGCCCAGAAAAGGUAAUCAAGAAUUGGUUGAGAAGUACUUAAACGGUUCGCUACCUAUCGAUGGCUUAAUCACACAUCGGAUCCGUUUGGAUGAUAUCAAUGAGGCCUUUGAAUGUCUAAAGGCCGGCAAAUCUAUACGAACUGUAAUCAACUGUAAGGCUGCCGUCCUCUGGAAAGAGGGAACACCACUAACCGUAGAGAAUAUUACUGUCGACCCACCACAAGAGGGUGAGGUAAGGGUGCGUAUGGUAUCGGCCGGUCUAUGUGCCAGUGACGCCCACUUCAUAUGGGGCUGGGAGACAGACAUCAUACUAGACUUCGAGGGAAACCCAAUUGUACUGGGUCACGAAGGGGCUGGUGUGGUCGAGUCUGUAGGGCCGGGUGUGACUAGUGUUUCAGUAGGCGAUCACGUAAUCCUGUUGUGGACGCCUGACUGCGGUCGGUGUGCCCUCUGCUCUCAUCCGAAGACAAACCUGUGUCUCAGCGAUGACUUCGUUUCGGUUAUGUAUCACAAGAACAAAGAGACGCGACUGAAGAUCAAUGGAAAGCCAUUGCUUUCAUUCAGUAAAUGA